UUUUGCUUAAAGGAUCGGCAUAAUGCUCCUCCUGCAGUGUAGUGCCAUUAAAUGAAGGCUCCCGUUUUGCAGAGCCUGUAGGAGGCGUCUGUAGGUGGCAGCAGGCCUGGUGGCCGGGCUGUGGCAGGAGUGGACACCAUAGUUCCCCUUCCCAGGUGCAGUUCCUCCUACUCUCCAUAGUUGCCAACAGGAGUUCAUUCUUACAGAGAUGCUGCUUAAAACAGGCAAAGCUGCACAGAUUCCUAGCGUGCCGAUGGCCGUUGUGCUGUCAGGUGUUGCAGAGACCAGUGGUGGAUCCAGCUGCCAGCACUGCUGUGUGUGCUGGGGUGUGCUGGAUGGAUCUGUGUUCCUGAGCAGGAUUAGUUUCCUUCAGAGAAAAUGCUAAUGCAGAUGUGCAAGGUAACUAUCCAAGGAAAUCACUGGGCUGCACAUGGGUGGAUUGUUCACAACAAAGCCAAUUCACGCAUUAUUAGCAGAGACCAGCUCAACUCCACGUGUUUUCUGGGAGGAUAAAUGAGCACCACAACUGGAGAAUGAUGGAAAACUUGAAUAGUAGGAGUAUUUAUCUAAAAGCUGGUCUGUUUAAACUCAUAUCCCAGGCAUAUGAAGUUCUGUCGGACCCAAAGAAAAGGGACCUCUAUGACCAGGGUGGGGAGCAGGCUAUUAAAGAAGGAGGCCUGAGUGGCGGCAGCUUCUCUUCACCCAUGGACAUCUUUGACAUGUUCUUUGGUGGUGGAGGCCGAAUGAAUAGAGAGAGAAGAGGCAAGAAUGUUGUACACCAGUUAGGUGUAUCUCUUGAAGACUUGUAUAAUGGUAUUACAAGGAAACUGGCGCUGCAGAAGAAUGUUAUUUGUGGAAAGUGUGAAGGUUACGGUGGAAAGAGAGGGGCAGUGGAGAAGUGCCCUGUGUGUAAAGGAAGAGGAAUGCAAGUUAUAGUUCAGCAGAUUGGACCUGGCAUGGUACAACAAAUCCAAACUGUGUGUCCAGAAUGCAAAGGCCAAGGUGAAAGAAUAAAUCCAAAGGACAGGUGUGACAACUGCAAUGGCUGUAAGGUUGUAAGAGAGAAAAAGAUCAUAGAAGUUCAUGUUGAUAAAGGUAUGAAAGAUGGUCAGAAGAUAGUAUUUCAUGGAGAAGGUGACCAGGAGCCUGAUCUGGAGCCUGGCGAUGUUAUAAUUGUGCUUGAUCAAAAGGAUCAUAGUGUCUUUCAGAGGCGAGGGCAUGACUUAAUCACAAAAAUGAGAAUUCAACUCUCGGAGGCUUUAUGUGGCUUCAGAAAGACCAUUGAAACUCUGGAUAACAGAGUUCUUGUUAUAUCAUCUAGGCCAGGUGAAGUGAUAAAACAUGGUGACCUAAAGUGUAUCUACAAUGAAGGGAUGCCUGUCUACAAAUCUCCAAUGGACAAAGGCAGCUUAAUUAUACAAUUUCUGGUCCAGUUCCCAGAGCACUACUGGCUCCCAAGGGAGAAACUGAGUCUGCUGGAGGCCCUGCUUCCUCCACGAGAAGAUGUUAUGAUUACGGAUGAGAUGGAUCAGGUAGACCUUGAAGAUUUUGAUCCAAGUGAGCAAACCUACCGUAACAGUGGGGGAGAGGCAUAUGAAGAAGAUGAGGAGGGUCCAAGAACAGGAGUACAAUGUCAGACAUCUUAAAGCAAGGUGAAAUGGAUGUCAUCUACAAUGUAAAUUUUCACAAUGAAAACUGCAUGGCUGUAAUAGCCACUGCUUGUGGUUUUUGUGUUCAGCAAAUUGAGUUGCUGCGCUGUCAGUAUCACCUUUUUGUAACUAAUUUAUAUUGUGUUCUUGUAGUCUUUAUAUAAUGCAAAUGUCACACAGCUGAGAACCAACUGAGUUGGUAUACAUUUUCCUUUGCUGUGAAGGUUCUCACUUUAUUUCACCUAUGCUAUUUAUAUAAGACUUGGGCAAUAUUGACAGAGGCUAAGUGGAGUGUCUUAUGUAAAUACUUUCAUACUGGAAAAUUAAUUUCAUAGAAUAAAACAUAGCAGAAAUAACUUCUAAUAAAUAGAACUCUUCACAUUUUA